UUGGUGUUGGUGUAGGUGUAGAUGUAAAAACAAAAAACAAAAAAUUCUGGAAGGAUCACUUUAAUGUUUGGGAUAAAUUUUUGAAAGAAUAUAAUUUGACUCUCUUUAAUGUUGGAAAAGAACAUCCUUAUUCACAAUACAUUAACAAUCUUAAAAUUCCAGCACAACCCAAUAAUGGUGAUAAGUCACCUUCUUUCCUUUUGCACAACUUGCCAGAAGCUAAUAAUGAAGGGAUAAUAAAUGGUGGUUAU